CCAAGAAAACUCUGGCUAGGCCCCUGCAGCGGCUCACUCUGCUCCCCCGGGUCGGAGCCCCCCGGAGCAGAGCUCGGGCCUGCAGCGCGAAGCCGAGUGGAGAGCUUCUCGCCGGCGCAGCCCUCCCCGUGCUCGGCCGCCCACUUUCCAGGUCCCCCGAACCUGCCCGAGCAGAGCGAGCGAGCCGGGACCAACUCCGCCCCGGCUGCCUCCCGCUUCCCCGGCUCCGCUCUCCGCCCCCCGGGGGUCGCGCGCCCACGAUGCCGCAGGGCCCCGGCUCGCUGCUGCUGCUCGUGCUCGCCUCGCACUGCUGCCUGGGCUCCGCGCGCGGGCUCUUCUUCGGCCAGCCCGACUUCUCCUACAAGCGCAGCAACUGCAAGCCCAUCCCCGCCAACCUGCAGCUGUGCCACGGCAUAGAGUACCAGAACAUGCGGCUGCCCAACCUCCUGGGCCACGAGACCAUGAAGGAGGUGCUGGAGCAGGCGGGCGCCUGGAUCCCGCUGGUCAUGAAGCAGUGCCACCCAGACACCAAAAAGUUCCUGUGCUCGCUCUUCGCCCCGGUCUGCCUCGACGACCUGGACGAAACCAUCCAACCGUGCCACUCCCUCUGCGUGCAGGUGAAGGACCGCUGCGCUCCAGUCAUGUCCGCCUUCGGCUUCCCCUGGCCAGACAUGCUGGAGUGCGACCGUUUCCCCCAGGACAACGACCUCUGCAUCCCCCUCGCCAGCAGCGACCACCUCCUGCCGGCCACCGAGGAAGCUCCAAAGGUAUGUGACGCCUGCAAAAAUAAAAAUGAAGAUGACAACGACAUAAUGGAAACUCUUUGUAAAAAUGAUUUUGCACUGAAAAUAAAAGUGAAGGAGAUAACCUACAUCAACAGAGACACCAAAAUCAUCCUGGAGACCAAGAGCAAGACCAUUUAUAAGCUGAAUGGCGUGUCUGAAAGGGACCUGAAGAAAUCGGUGCUAUGGCUCAAGGACAGCUUGCAGUGCACCUGCGAGGAGAUGAAUGACAUAAACGCGCCCUAUCUGGUUAUGGGACAGAAGCUGGGUGGGGAGCUGGUAAUCACCUCGGUGAAGCGGUGGCAGAAGGGGCAGAGAGAGUUCAAGCGCAUCUCCCGCAGCAUCCGCAAGCUGCAGUGCUAGUCUGCCCCCCACCCCCAGGCCCACUCCGCUCCGGGGGCUGGGCUGACCAUUGUGGCUCUGGGUCCUCAGCUCUCAUUUCCCAGCACAGGCUCUCGCAGCUCUGGCCCCAGCCUGGAGCAGCUUCCCUUGCCUUUUGCACGUUUGAACCCCCAGUACCUCCUGAAUUAUAAGGCCCUAGGAGGUGUCCAGAAGGGAUAGCUGUUUUCACGUAAAGGAAAAACCCACCCAGAUCAUGUAGAAAUGUUAGAACUAAUAAAAUCAUGAAUAUUUUUAUGAAGUUUUUAAAUAGCUCACUUGAGUGUUGACUAGGUACAACUGUGACUUGGGUCUGACUCCUGUUUCUCUGUUUGGUUUGGGUCGGCUGUUUUUCACUUUCUGCUGAGGGUGUCCGAACGUGCAAAUAGCUUCAUUUUUCAAUGUGGCCCAAACUGCUGUGGGUCACAGACCUCGUUGAGAUAAAGCUGGCCGUUAUCUCAACAUCUCUCAGCUCCAGCCUGACACUCAGAGCCUAAGUCUUAUUAUUCACUUGUCAUUUUACAUCCUCACUGGGAACUUACAACAACAGUAUGCUACUACAUUUCCAGGUAGAGUACUUCCAUUUAUAAAAAAGCACAUUAACCAUCAUAGCGUGAGUUCUUCAAAUAAUGGGCAAACAGACAGAUUUUAUAAUUGACCUGAAUACUUUAAGCUUUGUUUAAAACAUUUUUUACUUAAUUUUGCAAAUUAAGCAAUUGUAGCUUACCUGUAAUAUACGUAGUAGUUGACCUUAAAAAGUUGUAAAAAUAUUGCUUUAACCAACACUGUAAAUAUUUCAGAUAAACAUUAUAUUCUUGUAUAUAAACUCUACAUCCUGUUUUACCUAC